AUGCACCGGCAGCAUCUCAGGCAAGUCUUGCAGGCUUGCUUGCUGAUUUCCGACCUGAGCGCCGUUCUUGAAGAUCUGCACCAGCUGCUGGCCAUGGGGGUCCGCCUCAAGGACGUCCUAGAGCAAACGCGUCUUGCUUGCCACAAGGCUUCAGCAGCUUCAGGCGCCAUCCCGCAGAAGUCGAUGCCGUUGAGCAGGCGCACAAGCUUCUGCUGCCGCCUCCUCAAUGUCCCCAAGUCACGAAGGUCACGAAGGAGCAUCGGAAUCGCGGUACAGAGGGUACCGAAGUGCAUACUCCUGCACAUCACCACGGAUGUCGUCCUGCCACCGCUGCGAGUGGACGUGCGAGAGGUGGACAUGGAUGUUGGGGGCGGCGUCAUCGUCCCCUUCACUGUGGCGGAGGACACAGACUUGGAGGCUGUCACCGCAGAAGUCGUGCCAGCAUCCUACUACGACACGCUUGCAAGCUUCGAGUACCAACUGCGGGUCACAAAACGGGACAGGGACAGCCGCAGCAAAGAUGUCCACGUGAAGUCUGAGAGCGCCGAGAAUGCGACCGCGCAGGGCGCUGAGCCAGGGGCCGAGAAUCCGCCGAGCCGAGGCCUCGCCUCCCUUGCGGCGCUCCUCGGCGCCUUCCUGGCCGGCUCGCUGCUUGCUAGCGCUGGCGAUGCUUUCGCCAGCACCAUCAAUCAGAAAUACACAGCACAGGGAAAGUACAUCCCGAAGAAGUACAGAAGGUGGAAACCCACCGUGGUGCUGCUGCAGGACCAUCCCAAGCUUGGCAAGAAGGGCGACGUUGUGACGGUGAAGAAGGGCUACUACCGCAACAUCCUCUAUCCCGAGGGUGUAGCCAAGAGGCAGGAUGCCAGCAUCAUGAAUCAGCUCGAACGCGAGGCCAGGGAGAAAAGCAAGGAGGCAGCACAGGAGUUGGCGGAGGCUAUGAAGAGGAAGGAAGCCGUCGAGAAGCACGGGCCGUUCGUCUUUGAGAAGAAGGUUCGCGAGGACAGGGAAAAUAUCUAUGGGUCCCUCUCGCAGAUCAACGUUGCCGAGGAGAUAGUGAAGGCCACAGCUGUUCCUGUGCGCCAAGUCUCUGUGCAGAUCCCCAAGAUCACGAAAGUCGGCACCUACCGUGGCACCAUCGAAUUCCUCCCCGAAGUCAUUGCGGUUCUCGAGAUCAAGGUGGUCCCCGAAGGCUACCAAGAGGAAGGGGAAGAGGGCGAGGAGGGUGAAGAGGAGGAGGCGUCCGAAUAG